CGUGUCGGAUAUGUCGGGGCUCCUUUGGUCAUUUAGAAGAUAAGACCGUUGGGCCCAGGACGGUCGACUCCAUUCGCCGUUUCCCCUUCCCGACAGGCUCUCCGUCGCCACCAGCAGGCACAACCGAUAGAGAAGAAUCCGUUUCCCCGUUUCACAUCCCCGACAAGUUUCUCCUGUCUCCACCACCACACCACCCACAGCCGCAAGACAGAGAGAUGUCCGCCUCUGUCUUGUCUGCGGCGUGAGGAGAAGUGAGCGGAGGAUAGAGGAGGCAGGGAAUUGAAGUGGAGUAGCAGCUCGUCCAGGCCACUGUCGAUAUCGCAUCUCCUGUCUCUGUGGUGAGGUUCUCCGGUGUUGGAUAAUGAAAAGGGCGAUCUUUUUGGAAGCUAUUCAGUUUGGUGAAGGAAAAGGAUUCCGUCCCUGUUCGAUUGGUGUUGGAAAUCUUCGCCCACGAAUGGAUUCAGAAAAGAUGCGACGUUUAUGGAUCCAGGAGUCCUGAUUCCCGGUUCGCGUGCUCAAUCGCUGGGUUCUUGUCGUAGAUUUUUGCGGCGUCUUUGCUGAAAGUAGCUUUGGGGACGAACUUUUUGGGGGUAAAAAUUGGAUCUUGGUAUGGAAGGAAGGCAGCUGCGGCGGCGUAGCGUGACGCUGUCGGAGCAGCUAUCCGUCGGCGAUUCCUCCAAUCUCCGAGACCUUCUCAACGUUCGGGACGAGGACGAGACACGCCUCUUCCGGCGCGGGCCGUGCGAGGGGAGGGAGGGCUCUGUGGCCUCAGGCGGUGGAAGGACGCUGCUUGACAUCAUCCAGCGGGAGCACGAGGGGAAUGGGAUCAUCGCCGGUGGUAUUUCCAGCAACGGCAGCACCUGGAGGUCGUUAAGAGACCGCCUCCGCCCCGGCCAAAGUCACCCGACCUUGGACCCUGAGCUCGUCGCCUCCACCCGUCCCAACCCCGACCUCGCACGCUCUGUUUCCCGCUCGGUCUCCAUUGAGAACUCGGAGCCGGGCGUCCCAGAAUCUACGGCCAUGUCCACAGCAGCCGAACCGUCCUCGGUCAAUGGAGGAGGAAGCGACGAAAUCAACGGCCGCGAGAACUCCGAGGAGCAGCCGGAGAUGGUGUCGCUAAUGGCUUUACUGGAGCAGACCGACAGGCAAUGGGAUGAAAGCAGGAACGAGGAGGAAGACGAGGUGGCGGCGGAGGAAGCAAUGGGCCGGGGAGGGGGCAUGUUGUACGUGUGCUGUGUGUGCAUGGUGCGGCACAAGGGGGCGGCGUUCAUCCCUUGCGGCCACACCUUCUGCCGACUGUGCUCGCGGGAGCUUUGGCUGAGCCGGGGCAGCUGUCCCCUCUGCAAUGUCUUCAUCCUGGAGAUCCUCGACAUCUUCUAGUGCCCACUCCCCUUCUUCAUCUCUGUGCCGCCGCCGCCGCCGCCACCUCCACCUCAACAUCUCUGCUAUCCAUAGUCUCCUCUCUCGGAAGCAGUGCAGAUGGUAGCAAAAAAGCACGGCAGUUUUGUUUUCGAUCCCCAUCAGAAUGGUUUAGAGAUUUUUGGGGUCUAAGCACUCUUAGGGAGAACCAAAAGAGGACAACCAUAUGUUCGAGUGGGACGCUGCUGCUGUUGCCAUGUUACAUGCCUGUCCGGAUCUAAUGUGAACAUGUGAUGGUGUUUCCCAAGCAAAUGGUGGGGCUACUUUGUGUUUUGGCUCUCUUCAGCAACUGGCUGGAAAGCGAUGGCAGCACAGCUUUCUUCUUACCCCAAGAAGAAGAAGAAGAAGAAGAAGAAGAAGACUACCUCCGAGAACUAUAUACAGAGUUAGUUGUUUAUCAGAACCACACAAAAAAAACCCUUCUGUUCCCAACUAUUUAAAGGUCAGCUGGAUUUUGAGUAUGUGGAGUACUCACGGUACAGAAUU